AAUCGUGUGGCUUCCUGUUCCGCCUGCGACGGUUUGGAUUCGGACGGUGAAGACUGGGUGGCUGGCAGCUCCGUUCGGUGUCCGGUCGCGUACUUUUACGUAUAUUGACCAUCAAAAGAACUGUACAGUCGUCCCUACAAUAACGAUUUCCUAACUUAAAUGGACGACUCCAAGUCGCUAAAGUUUUCCUCCAUACAGGAGGAAUUAUCUUACUGGAAGGAGCAAGCAUCUAAACACAAGCAGAGUGCUGAGGAGGCGCAGGAGGAGCUGCAUGAGUUCCAGCAGAUGAGCCGCGACUAUGAGGCGGAGCUGGAGACCGAGCUGAGACAGUCCGAGGCCAGGAACCGCGAGCUGCUGUCACACAACAACCGCCUGCGCAUGGAACUGGAAAGUUACAAGGAAAAAUAUGAGGCCCAGCAUUCUGAAGCUUUCAGACAAAUCACCACAUUGGAAGGGGACCUGGCCGAGACCACAGCCAUGAGGGACCAUCUGCAGAAGUACAUUCGUGAACUGGAGCAGGCCAAUGAUGACCUAGAGAGGGCCAAAAGGGCCACUAUCAUGUCCUUGGAGGACUUUGAGCAGAGGAUGAACCAUGUGAUCGAAAGGAAUGCCUUCCUGGAGAGUGAACUGGAUGAGAAGGAGAACCUGCUUGAGUCAGUACAGCGGCUGAAGGAUGAAGCCAGAGACCUCCGUCAGGAGCUGGCAGUGCAGCAGAGGCAGGACCGGCGUCCAUCCCUCGGCCUGUCCAAGGAUGCAGAGAAAAGCGAGUCGCUGUCACGCCCCCCCUCUGCACUUCCCGCCACCCCGUCGGGUGCACGUGGCUCUGCCAGCACCUUUACCACACCCCCGGCUUCUUACCGUCGAGGUGAUGGCCUGACAGGAACCCCCCUUACUACAUCCGCCCGAAUAUCAGCACUUAAUAUUGUUGGGGAACUGCUGCGGAAGGUUGGGAACUUGGAGUCCAAGCUGGCUUCCUGCCGAGACUUUGUGUACGACCAGUCACCAGGUCGCAUGGCACUAACUACGGGCCCCGGGACAGCUACUACUCUGCGGGAGCCUCAGGAGAACUCACCCAGUGCCAGCAGCCUGCCUCUGUUUGACAAAGGCUUGGUGAAACGGUUGGAUUUUGGAGCAGCGCCCUCCAGUGUUGCCUCCCAGGCAGCGCAGUCUCCACAGGGUGUGGUGAAGAUCUUGCUGUGAGAGCGUGUGUGCCGCCCUGCCUCAGAAGGAAUCUGCUGCAUUUCUCCUUUUAACAUCCUCAUGCUUUUAUCAAAGCUGUGGUUCAUCCAGUUAGUGUCUCCAUGGGGCUGAUGGCGGGUACUAAACUACUAAAACCACAAACAAUGGAAUGUGCUAGAAAACCUGAUGUUUCACUGCUCCGCAAUAAUCCUGUGUUCAGCCGCGCCCCCCUCCAGGACCCACUGGAGUGUAUUGAAGAUCUGCUUUCUGCCACUGCUGCCUUUGCUUUAAUGACUCUGGACCCCAAAGCUGUCAACCUCAGUCCCUCUGGCCACCUCUCUGACUCUGCAGAGGCUGAUGUCAGCACAGAGAGCCAGGAUACCUCCAAGGUCAUCCAACAAUGCCUGAGGAGGAUAAGUUCUGGCUGAUGGAAGCAUUCCUCCUGUUUUAGUGAAUGUCCUGGUCUGUACUAAAACACCACAUAAGGUGUAGAAACAGGAGGAAGUCAGACUGUCCGGAUAUAAAGCACAGGCUCUGCCCUUUGAUCUCUGCUCACUUUAAUGUGAGGCUCAUACUGCCUGUCAAGGCUGCUUCUAAAGCCUUUCUGUUGCAUGUUGCCUAGAUUAUUAACUACUGAUCAGAUUGUCAGAGCCAAAUGGUGAUGUCAGAGAAUGCGGUAGUUUUACAAGCAGUAGUGACUGUUUUGUGAACUUAGCUUCUGUUUCUGAUGGAACAGAAUAGCCAAGCAACGUAGUGUUUCAGUAGGAGUUAUUCAAUCUGCACAGAGCAGCUCGAUUACCAUAUCAUGACCAGGUCCUGUGUAAACUGGUAAAUGCUUGGUGUCAAUAAACCACAUAUAUAUAAUGCAGAGACUCAGCUGUGGCCACCAGCUGCAAGUUAGAGCUUGAAGUGUUGACCUGGUUAAAUAAUGUUGAUGCUGUGUGACAAGAACCACUUACCUGGCUACCCUUUCAUAGAAAACAUCGCCCUGCCUUCAAACACUGAGUUAGGCUUACUGGAGUAUUUCUGGUGUGAGACCAUUUUGCACUGCUUAUGAUUGAUCUGUCUUUGGGACUGGCAUCUUUGUUUUUCUUUCUCCAUAUGUUCUUAUCUGUAGACACAGUUGUGGAUCAUACGCAGUGCUUGCUAAGUGGUAGAUCCUGAUUUAAGAAUAUAUAAUGGAUUAAGAAAAUCAUGUGACAAAGCAAUACACUGGGCAGUACAUGUUUUAAUAAAAUAUAUUACCCUUGUACAGUUUUGAAGGG